AUGGGAGGCUCACCUAAGAGGAAAGAAUCUCUUCGAGAAAAACAAGCUGAUCAAGUUGUUGAGGCAUUAUCCUUAGGUGAUGUUGAAUUAGGAACUGGUUUGAAUCAAGAACAUGGCUUAGGUAGACCUUGUGAACUUGCACCUCUUUUGAACUUUGUGGGAGGCUCACCUAAGAGGAAAGAAUUUCUUCGAGAAAAACAAGUUGAUCAAGUUGUUGAGGCAUUAUCCUUAGGUGAAGUUGAAUCAGGAACUGGUUUGAAUCAAGAAUGUGGCUUAGGUAGACCUUGUGACACUCGUUGGGGGUCUCCCUUUAAAACAAUUUUGAAUGUGCUUGAUUUAUAUCCUAAAAUCUUGAAGUCACUUGAUUCCAUUACUCAAGUUUCUGAUACAGUUGAUUCGAAUAAAGCACAAUCUAUCACACACUUGUUAAUGUCAUUUGAUUUCGUAUUUGUGGCACACUUGAUGGUUGCUAUAUUUGGGAUUACAAAUGAGUUAAAUGUGGCCUUGCAAAAGCAUGAACGGGAUAUUGUAAAUGCAAUGGAAAUGGUUGACGUAACCAAGUUUAAUCUACAAAAUUUGAGAAAUGGUUGA